UUUGAAAAUUGAUUUUUGAUAAGUUCAAAUCAUUUGAACUUUGAAAACUGAAACCCUCAUUUGGGAGACAUCGUAAAUAUUCUUCUUUUCUUGAGUAAUGUUAUCCAUACUUUUUAUUAUUUUCAUUUAUAUUGCUCACUUACUUUCCGAAUAAUUAGUUUCUGUUUUUGCUUGUUUGAGGAAGUGUAAAAGUAUGGGAUUCGCGACAGAAAGAGCGUCCUGUCGCCAUUAUGGAACCGUCCGAAGGUGAAACUUGUAGAGACUGCUGGACUGUCGCAUUCGGCAACUCAUUCGAUUCAGAAGAACGUGUUGUAUGCGCAGGAUACGAUAACGGAGAUAUAAAAUUGUUCGAUUUAAGAAAAAUGGAACUUCGGUGGGAGACAAAUAUAAAAAAUGGCGUUUGUGGGCUCGAGUUCGAUAGAAAGGAUAUAAAAAUGAAUAAAUUGGUGGCCACUUCGCUGGAAGGUAGUUUCAAUGUGUUUGAUAUGACCGAGCAACAUCCUAAAAAAGGGUUCGGCAGUCUUACUGAGAAGGCACACAAAUCUACGAUAUGGGUCCCCAGACAUCUUCCGCAGAAUCGAGAUGUUUUUGUGACCUGCGGUGGAACAGGUUCUCUGUGUUUAUGGAAAUAUUGUUACCCUGCAAAACGAGUGAAAGAUAUUGACGGCGAUAAAUGCUCAGUGGCGGGAUCAUUGAAUUUGCUGCAAAAUACUGUCAUUUCUAGUCAACCGAUCUCCAGUUUUGACUGGAAUUGUGAUAAAAUGGGACUCGCUGUUUGCUCUGGCUUUGAUCAAGCCGUUAGAGUGAUAAUUGUUACCAAACUCAAUCUUUUGUGAAUUUUAGUUCUUCACAAACAUUUAAUCAUAUUGUCUGCAGUAUAAUUCAUUCCGAUAAAGUCGUUGUCACUAAUUCUUUUUUUCCAAUUUAUUUAGUAUAGAAUUGGUUCUGUCUAAUAUUAUUUUAUAGUUUACAUAAAUUUCUAUACCCUACUUAUCUGAACUUGAGCUUCAUUCUCUCAUUUGAAUUUAUUUCUAUCUAAAACUAUCUUUAGAUUGGCAGAAAAGUAAGCUUUCUCAUUAUUUGAGAAAUGAUUCACAAUAAUAGUUUAUAUUGUUGUACCUUGUGUAUAGUGUAGUAAUAAAUUGUUCACGAUGAAAUAAA